AUGAUCGGAUCGAGCGACGGCGAUGUCCCGGCUACAUUACCAAAACCGGCCGGAAUCUCCGUCCGCGUCUUUUUGAGGUUUGGUGGCGGACGGCCCUCCGGGGCCGGAAGUGGGGCAGCGGGCCGCGAAGGAUCGGACCCCAUCCUGCUUGGCACGGUCCGUCGUCGCCCAGUCAUGGGACGUCGAGCCGCCAUCCACUGCAGAUCCGAAUACACCGUCGGACUGCACUUGGUGGCAUGUAUCGCCUCGACGCCGACCGGCGAUCCCGACAAUAAGGUCGUGACGACAACUGCGAUCCAGGACGGCAUGACCAAGAACUGCAAUAGGUUCCAUUUCGUCAAUUCCGGAGACGGAUGUGUAAAUAAUUCUAGCAACAAUAGCAUUGCUCUUGCAGACCUCUACAGUUGGAAUCCAGCAGUCGGAAGCAGAUGCGGCGGUCUCUGGGCUUAUGUGUAUGUUUACGUCGGUAUUGUAGGUGGUGGAACCGUCACGACACAGCCACCGGCAACGACGAAUGCUCCCGGUAACGGUAUUUCUACCCCGUCUCCCUUGCAAAAGGGUAUGACGACCAGCUGCGACAAAUUCUACUUUAUAAACUCAGGAGACGACUGUGCCACCAUCGCCAGCAGUAACAGCAUCGCGCUGUCCGACUUCUCCUCGUGGAACACGGCUGUCGGGGAUACCUGCAGAGGACUAUGGGCCAACAUGUACGUCUGCGUCGCCGUGAUUGGCGGCAGCGGUCCUACCACUACGAUCUCACCAGCAUCAACCAUGACGGCUGGCAACGGUAUAGCUACCCAUUCGCCAAUACAAGAUGCCAUGGUUGACAACUGCAACCGCUUCCACAUGGUCAAAACUGGAGACGGCUGUGCAUAUGAUGCUUCCAACAAAGGUAUCCUGCUGUCGGACUUCUAUAGGUGGAAUCCCGCCGUGGGUGACACUUGCGCUGGCCUCUGGGCCAACGUCUACGUCUGCUGCAUGGUCGGCAACUUUAACGAAUUCUACAAGGUUAAGAGCGGAGAUGGUCGCGCAGCGAUUACGUCCAGCAACGGUAUCGCCCUCGCCAAACUGUACAAGUGGAACUGGAACCCGGCUGUUAUCAACACGUGCGCCAGCUUGUGGCUGGAUACAGCUGGCAACGGUGUCGUGACGCCCACAUUUAUCCAGGAAGGCGUGACCAAAAGCUGCAAGACCUUCCAUCUGGUCGUCGGUGGUGACACGUGCUACGGCAUUGCAGCCAAGUCGGGUAUCACCUUGAAAAACUUCUACGCCUGA